GAACUUCUUACGCAACCGGAUUGAAAAUUAUAUCAAAUAAAUCAGCAGAAAUCAAGAUAAAUUGAAAUUGCUUUAGUGAAAAGGAAGGAAAAAAUUAAAUUUAUGAGAAAAGUAUCGGAAACCUUGCUAGAAAAAAUUUGUGAAUAAAAAAUGAAUAAAUUCGACAUGGAUUUGAAAAUAGAUUGUGACAUGGAAUGUGGUGGAUUCGCUCCGCCACCAGAUUUUUCAAUUCCACCCCCGCCUCUACCACCAUACUUAAAGGAACUUCCAAAAUGUUCCGAAGGAUCAUCAUCAGAGUUCGAAAUGUGUAGUCUGAUUCCGCAUGUUGACUUCAAUUAUGACAACUCAUCAAUGCAAACGUCAGCUAUGAUCUUAUUGUGUUCAGUACUAGUUCUAAUAUUUAUCUUCGUGUCAUCGAUAUUUGUUUGGAAGCAUAAAAGAAAAUCAAAGGAUUCUCUUCCUUACAAAGCAUCAAGUUCAACCGGAAGUCCAAUGGAUCCUUCCAUUGUAUUUAACGGAUAUGAAAACCCCGACGCUUUUAGUUUAAGAUACAAAGUUCUCGAAAGACAACAAAAUCAAUUUGAUAUGUUGCAGCCAAAGACUGUUCAUUACCCAAGCGGUUUUCCCAUGCCCCAAACCCCGCCGGUAUUUGUCUGUUCAUCACCAGGUCCGGAUCCAUAUGAAUCGAAUGAUAAUCUUUAUGAAGAGCUCGAUCAACCUGAUUCUAGUUCCGUAUUAAGUCACCAUGACAGAUCUCUGCCGCAAACUGACAGAGCUUCAGAUCAUUUAAAUUCAUCUGCAGAUACAGCAUCGGCUACAGAUGAAGUUCCAACGACAAGCUAUAAUAAUCACCGCGAUGACGAUGCUGGCGAUAUUAGCAAUAGCGAUAGGAAUAUGGAGAGAGAAGUUGAACGUCGUAACCGCAUCAAUGCUCAACUCUCUAAUCCGGCAUUAAAUGUGGCGACGAUAUUCAGAGACCGUCACAUUCGCUAUCAUCCCGCAAGAGCAAAUGGCAAUUAUUAUGCACCACCACAUCAUAUGAUGGUGAAUCGAGUAAACAAUGGUGUUAACAAUUGUCAUUUCCUCACAAAUCCUCGAGUUCAUUGUUGGAGUAAUAACAGUCGACCAGGCAAUAUAUGUUCACAUUAUGAGCCAGUCUUUCAUGAAAGUAUUUCUUACAACACGAGUCUAUCUAAUAGCAAUUACAACUCUCAUCAAGUAGGAGAAUUUGCCACUCUUAGACAUUCAGAUAACUUAAGAAGUUCACAUCAUAUCAAUCAGAACUCGUUGAAUUCAAGGAAAAAUAUUUGGAGCUGGUUUAGAAAUGUUAGGAGUUAGUUUAAUUAUAGUUAGUGUUGAUAAAAAUGUUUAAUGAAAAUUGUGAUAUUGCCAAAAGAAGAAAUAAACAUUAAAAGGCUGUAUAUGUAAGGAAGGUGGGAUGGUAUGGUUAGUCACGGCAAAGCAAACA